AUGAUUGGAUCAUUUUCACAACCACUGAUAUUUCAAAGUAAAAUAGGGUUAGCGCUUCCAUUAUCUACAUUCUACAUCAUGAAAGUAGGUCAACACCUGAAAGACGCGUUGUUGGAAGAAUUUCCAGGACGAACGCGUCAAGUUGAAACACUGCUGAACUGGUUCGGGACGCCCAGCGAAAGGACUCCCCCCUCGAUCUUUAUCCACGGAAACAGGGCACUAGGGAAGACGGAGCUUGUUAAAAGACUCUUUACCCUCGGCUUUCCAGCUGAACUCUUCUCAUUUAUCAACUGUCAAGCUUGCUACACAUCCCAACAGACAUUCGAGUACGCUCUAAAACGCCUUGCUAAAAAACGCGUCACGUGCAAAAAUAUAAAUGACUUCACCGUAGAAGUGCAAAGACUUUGUAAAGAUAGCUCAGAAACUAGAUAUUUGAUUUUUGACAAUGCCGAGUUAUUAUGGGAACUGUCUUCAACCUUGGUGCCAGCUUUAUUGACGCUCCCCCAAUGGACUGGUCUAAAUAUCUGUGUGAUCUUUAUCACUCAAGUUCCUUGGGAAAAAUUCCGAAAAAUAAUUGGAAUGUCUGAACCUUGGCAACUUUAUUUUCAGGAAUACACUAAAGAUAUCCUUAUUACUCAUUUGGAGGUCAUCCAAAUUCUGACAAAGAAUUGUCCGGCGAAUGAGGAUCCCCGUUUCUAUAGAAAAUUUGUCGAAAAUAUUUGUGACAUAUUUUACGAAAAUUGCGACAUGUUCGAUUUCAUACGUCUCCUACCUGAACUUUUCGAUAAAUUUAUGAAGCCGGUGAAUGAACAAAGAGCGACUCGGAACGAUGUGUCAUUCUUAUGCAAUGAAUUAAAACCGUAUCUGGAUCCGAUCUUUGAUCGAUUGUAUAUGCAGAAUAUGUCGAACACUGCCGUAAAGCCCGAGGAACAAUUGCCCAAGUGGUCAUUAUAUUUAUUGAUAGCAACUUUCUUAGGCUCAUAUAUCCCGCAACACUUGGAUCAAAGGUAUUUUGCAAAAUCAACCGACAAAAAAAGAUCUCCCAGGAAAAAGAAAACGAGUGGUAAUAUUACUAUGAAGCUUGCAUCGGAAAAGAAAGGACCACAACCAUGCGAAAUGGAACGUGUGUUAGCCAUUUUUCAAAGCAUAUAUGCCGACCGAAUCAUCUCAACUUUCGAUAUUCAAAUGCAGAUGGAAUCCUUUGUUACUCAUCGUCUUCUAGCUCAUGCUGCUCCACUGGAUCGACUCGAAAGUGUCACAUACCGAUGUAAUGUUAGUUUCAAUUGCGUCAACCAAAUUGCCCGAAACAUUGGUUUUGACAUCUCCAAGUACCUCGACGAAUUGUACUAA